AUGGGGAGAGGGAAGGUGGAGAUGCGCCACAUCGAGGACAAGAUCACCCGUCAAGUGACAUUCUCGAAGCGGAAGGGCGGCCUGCUCAAGAAAGCUCGGGAGCUCUCGGUGCUGUGCGACGUCGAGGUCGCUCUUAUCGUCUUCUCCGCGGGCGGCAAGCUCUUCGAAUUCUCCGGCGGUGAAAGGUGCGUCCACCCUCUCCUCUUUUUUCAAUUCCUUGCUUCGCUAUUCACUUCGAUUCUCGUUUCGCUGCUUUUGAAUUCGUUACUACUGCCUCUCUCCAUGAUCUCUUGGCGGUGGGAAACCCUACACAUUAGAUUAGGUUUAGAGCGAGCGAGCGAAGGAAUAUACUCGAUCCUUGGCUAG